AUGGACUUGGGUGUAGUAAUUGAGAACAAGCUGAAGGUCAGUCAGUGGCGUGAGACAGCUUCCAGGAGGGCUAAAACGGUUCUGGGCUGCAUGAGAAGCAAUGAAUCAAAGACACGUAGUCAUUAUUCCUCUCUGCUUGACGUGGGUGAGACCAUACCUGGAGCAUGCAGCGACCCGCGCCGCCGCCUCCCCGCCUGCAACUGCUCGCUGCGCUUCCACCUGCCCGAGGACUUCCCGGCGCCCGUCUGCGUCUACUACCAGCUCUCCAACUACUUCCAGAACAACCGGCGCUACAGCGUCUCCCGCGAUGACCAGCAGCUCAGCGGGCUCGCCUGGGCGCUGCGCCACCCCGUCCAGGAGUGCCAGCCCUACCGGUGGAACGGCAGCGGCGUGCCCAUCGCGCCCUGCGGCUCCAUCGCCAACAGCCUCUUCAACGACUCCUUCCAGCUCUUCUACCUGCAGGCCAAUGGCAGCCUGGCCCCCGUGCACUUGGACAAGCGGGGCAUCUCCUGGUGGACCGACACCAACGUCAAGUUCCACAACCCGGAGCUGGUCAACGGCAGCCUGCCCCUGGCCUUCAACGGCACCGCCAAGCCUCCCUUCUGGCCCCGGCCGGUCUUUGAGCUGGACCACGGCGACCUCAACAACACGGGCUUCAUCAACGAGAGAUUCAUCGUCUGGAUGCGCAUCGCCGCCCUGCCCACCUUCCGCAAGCUCUAUGCCCGCAUCCACCACGACAACUUCACUGUGGCGCUGCCCCGGGGCACAUACUACCUCAACAUCACCUACAGUUACCCAGUCCUGGCUUUCCACGGUACCAAGAAGGUCAUCUUUAGCACCGUCUCCUGGAUGGGGGGCAAGAAUUCCUUCCUGGGCAUUGCCUACCUGGUCGUUGGCUCUGCCUGUAUUCUGGGUGGCUUCGUCAUGAUGGUGGUGCACUUCAAAUACCGGCACCUGGAUGAGGACGAUUAGGAGACCAAGCCCUUCCCAGGAUUCCUUGGAAGUGCUGGACAUCCCUUCCCAUCAUUCCUUAGGUAGCAUGUCUAAGGGCUGGGGAAUUCUGGGAGAUGCUGGCGAGGGCAUAAAGGAAGCUGAAACCCAGCAUCUGGAGAGCAUCAGGCUGGGAAGGUUGCGGAAAGCUGUGAAUAAUGGGACCUCUGCAGGAAGCACGAUAGAUGCUUCUCGACACAUGAAGAAUGAAUUAACUCUGCCGUGUAGCCUUUCUUGAAAAUAAUCCUCAGCUCCAUAAUUUCUGAAGCUCGUGUAGUUGAUUCUUGUGACCUGGCAUGGGGAAUUGCAUGCCACCAUCUUUAAUCAUCAGAAGUUUGACAAGGGGUGUGGCUAACAGGAUACUGUCUGGGGGACGUUGCUGUUUUCCUUAUGCAGGGACGUUCCCCAAACAAAGUGAUGUUUAAAUAUGAAUGUUGGAAACUGUCACCCAGUUUGGAUCUUAGGUUGGGCCUCUUCUCAACAUACUGGGGAGAUAACCCAGCAUUUAGAGUUUAUACAAUAUGUUUAACCAUGGUUAACUAUACCAUGUGUUCCUAAUCUGGCUUGGUAUGACACGUUUGGGCUAAAUUCAGUCAGCUAAUUUAUACUUCAGUGUAUUAUGCACAUACAGCCAAUGAGAAAUGCGUAAGAGACAUUUGGGCUUAGCUUUAUGCUUCUGCCGAGUGACUCUUAGCUGAGAACUUUCAUGGAGUAACUGACUUCUUAUCACUUUGCAUAGAGUUCUAGGGAGUCCUUUAUUUUACAUCAGCCCUUUAUGGAUCUGCUGGCUGGUUAAUGAUUUUGUGACCGUGUUUGCAUUGCAAACAAUUGAAAAAUGAUUCACAUAAUCUUGAAAGGCUCCAUGUACGGCAAGCGAAGUAUUUUUUGCAUCCUAUUUGGACAUGCGCCGUCUUCAGUAGUCUAUUUCCUUGAAAAGCGCCAACGCUUUUGGCGGCACCACAAUCUUUUAAUGCCUGUGGUGACAAAGUACCUCCUCCUGGUUCACUUGUACAGGCAAAUUAUUACCAGCAAAGGAUCCUGUUAAACUGACAUACACAGGUUAGCUGAUGUACAGGUUUUAAAACACUUCCUGGUGGGUUUGGACUUCAAAAGGAGCUUUGCCAUUCCUGAACGAAGUGGAAGUGCUGGUGACUAAAGGCCAGCAACACCUGCUGUAAAAAAAUCGGGCAGAUACGUUUUAUCAUGUUUGCUGUACUCCUUACAAAAUGAAUUAUCUUUGCAAGUCAUUCUGGGUAGCUCAGAGUCCUAAGUCAACACACCUUCCCUGUUUGCAAGCAAUUUUCUGCCUGGAAACAUUCCCCACCCCAUUUAGUUAUUUAGGUAUUUUCCCCCACAUUUAAGUUGCUCUUGAGAGCAACAUGCAAAGGCCUUGUCAAAAGGUAGUGUUUAUUUCAUUUAUACUUUGUCAUUUGAGUUUCUGCAGAAGCCUUCUCCCCUUCCUCCUUCCACCCCACUUGAAAUGGUUGAACUAUGGAAGACAUUUUCGUAAGAUGAUGGACCACUCAGGGAAUGCGUAGUUAAAUGUAUAGUAAUCAGGGAGCACUAGUUUUUUCAUGAUAAAUCAAGUCCCUUCUUAAGGUUAAACUUAUACAAUCACUGUGAAAUGAUGACGUUGCUUUCUAUAAAAAUCAUACUAGAUGUUCCUAUGUCGUUUAUGAUUUCUUCCUAUGCCUAUGAUACUUGAUAAUUAACACACCAGAAUGGUUAUUUUGGUGAGAUAUUUAUGUUUCAGUAGAGAUUCUCAGGUGAAUGUUUUAUCUCUUUAACAAUGCAACUUAUUUUUUUAGGCAGAGUUACAGGAAGCAUUAAGUAUGCAUUUCUGUGAGAUUGACAUACCACAUUUCCUCUCUGUGACUCGAAAUGAAGAGCUGUCCAAAGUUUACCUUACUUGUAUUUUAAUCAGAUAAAUGGCAUAAUAAUAAAGUUGUGGUCAUGUUUUUAUGGGCUGCUGAAGCAUGAAAAGAUGUUGGAUGGGGAGACAGAUGAGCUAAUGUGGGCUGAGCAUAGAGAAGUUGACUGUAUUGGUCUGUAUUUUCCCAUUCUCAUGUUAAAACGUUUAAACAAAAUUGGAACAGCUUUCAAAUGGUGAAAAAGAUUUAAGAGAGAGAAUGAAAAUUGCAUGUCAUUCCCACGUGAGGAAAAUCAUGAUAUUGCUAAUGUGUAUUAAAGAAUGAAAAAAAUGUGAGAGAGAGGAAGUUGUACAUCAAGUUCCACCAAUGCAUCUUCAACUGACAUUAAAUCUGCUUUCAGUUAA